AAUCUUUGCAGUAUUUAUAAACGAGGAGCUGGAAAAUAUUUGCGAUGUUUCCGCAGUGGCGAUAAUUUUCCAAGCCCCUAUACCUUUAGAAUCGAGUUGUGCGCAUUUUAGAGCAACUUUUGCAAACUUUCAGAAGCCUUUCAAGCAAAUAUGAGCUCAAGUGAGAGGACAAUUGUCAAGAAAACCUAUAGGACCAUCACGUCUUCCGGUGAUGACUUGGACGAUCAUGUCACGAAGAGCGUCAACCGAUAUCAAGUUUAUAGGGGUAUGUCGCCCUCCUCCAGCAAUCGCCUAGAGAUUCGUCUUCGCGAACUUGAAGAUGCUCUCGAAGCGGAGAGAGAUGCUAGAAUGCGGGCUGAGAAAAUGGUCGCUGAUCUGUCCUUUCAGCUUGAAAGCGUACAAGAACGAGUCGAAGAGUCCGAAUCAGUGGCAUCAGCGCAAACGGACAUCAGCCGCAAAAGGGAAUCGGAACUACAAAAGAUAAAAAAGGACUUUGACCUUCUUUCGGCUCAACAUGAGGCUAGUGAAGUUUCGCUCCGCAAACGCAACCAAGAGACAUUAAACGAUCUGAACGAGCAAUUAGAAUAUGUAACCAGAACCAAAACAAAAACUGAAAAGGAAAAGCAGCAAUUAAUUCUGGAAUUAGACAGCGUAUCAACUCAGCUUGAUGCUUCGAAUAAAGCAAAGAUGCACGCUGAAAGCAAACUGGAUGCCCUGGAGGAUCAAGUUCGACGCUUGAAGGCGCAAAUUGACGAUCUAAGCAGACAAAACAAUGAUCUAAAUGGUCUAAAGGGUCGAUUGACUCAAGAAAAUUUCGAACUACAGAGACAGGUUCAAGACUUGGAUGCCUCUACUUCAACUUUGGCCAAAGCAAAAUCACAGCUACAACAUACUGUUGAUGAUCUGAAAUCUCGAUUGGACGAAGAAGUACGCAGUAGAAACCAAUUGACAAUCCAACUGACCAACGCCCAAGUUGAUUUGGACAAUUUGUCAGCCAGAUUUGAUGAAGAGCAAGAGAGUGCAUCUAAUGCUAGAGCCCAAGCAGCUAGGCUGCAAAGCGAAAUGCAGCAGCUUAAGUCGAAGUAUGAUAAAGAUCUAUCGAUGAAGACUCAGGAGAUAGAAGAUUUGAGAAGAAAACUAAUGUCUCGUAUCGCUGAAUUGGAAGAAAUUUCAGAGCAUGCUAAGGCUAGAGCUUCUAAAUUUGAGAAAGAUAAAAACCGCCUAUCCGUAGAGGUUAGGGAACUUUCGAUCGAGUUGGAAACUGCAAACGCAAACGUAAACGAUUUGCUGAAGAGAUUAAAGUCCGCCGAAGUUGCCAAUGGCGAAUUGCAGCGCAGGUGUGAUGAACUUUCUCACGAUCUCUCGUCGGCUAAUAGUCAGAAUACUACCUUACAAGCCGAAAUCAAUAAACUUCGUAUGAUGGUCAAUGAACUUCAAGAUAAGUAUGAUGGCUUAAAUAGAGAAAACAAACAGCUCCACGAUGCCCUUCGUGAGGCAAAGGAUGGAAACAAAGAGCUAUCAAGGCAGGUCAACGAAUUAACUUCGAUCAGAGUACAAUUGGAAGGAGAAAGAGAUCACUUGGCUUCUGAAUUGGCUGACACGAAGGACGCUUUUAGAGAUGUACAGAGUAAAUUGGAAUCGGCAAAUAACUAUUUGUCGACUUUAAAGAGUGAAAUGGAACAGCGUCUAAGAGAAAAGGAUGAUGAAUUGGAAAAUGUUAAGAGGAGCGGUCAAAGGGCUUUGGAUGAACUGCAGAAGACAAUUUUAGAAAUUGAGACCAAGUACAAGGCGGAAAUAAGCCGUUUAAAGAAAAAAUAUGAAGGAGAAUUAAGGGAAAUAGAGAUACAAUUGGAAACUGCUACCAGAUCAAACAAUGAGCUGGCUAAGAAUAACAAGGUCCUAAGUGGGCGGGUCAAGGAAUUAGAAAUCGCCUUUGACGAAGAAAGACGAGCAGGAGAUGACGCACGUCAAGCAGUUGCAGCUCUGGAGAGAAAGAGAAUUGCCUUGACUACGGAAUUGGAAGACGUCCGUGCUCUUUUGGAAUCUGCUGAAAGGGCAAGAAAGAACGCAGAAAACGAAUUGGGUGACGCUAGUUCUAGAAUUAACGAACUGACAAUCUCAAUUACGAAUCUGACAUCGGAUAAACGUCGAAUGGAGGCAGAUAUUUCAGCUAUGCAUUCAGAUUUGGAUGACGCUAUUAAUGCAAAGAGAGCUGCCGAGGAGAGAGCUGAUCGCCUUCAAGCAGAAGUUAAUCGACUUGCUGAUGAACUUAGGCAGGAAAGCGAAAACUAUAAGAAUGCUGAAUCAUUGAGAAAAUCGCUGGAAGUUGAAAUCCGCGAAAUUACCGUCCGUUUAGAGGAAGCGGAAAGUCAUGCUCAAAGAGAAGGAAAGAGGAUGGUAGCCAAACUACAAACUCGAUUGCGUGAAUUGGAAGCUGAAUUCGAGAUGGAACAACGACGUGCACGAGAUUUUGCUGCCACAAACAGAAAGUUAGAAAGGCAUUUGAAUGAGCUAAGAAUGCAGUCAGAAGAAGAUAGGCGAGCUUGCUCUGAGCUGUCAGAUCAAAACAAUACGCUUCUUGUACGCGUCAAGACUCUUAAGAGGCAAUUAGAAGAAGCGGAAGAAGUCGUAACUAUCACGAUGAACAAGUAUAGAAAGGUACAAAUGAUGGUUGAAGAGGCAGAACACAGAGCUGAUAUGGCCGAAAAGAAUAUGACACUUUUGAAAGGAAGAAAUAGGUCCAUGUCUGUCACCCGCGAAAUCACCCGAGUUGUUCGUGUUUGAGAAGGAGGAAAAAAAGAAAUUAAGAAAGAUAGAAAAAGUUUCGAUUUUUCUCUCUUCUCGACGCCGCAUAAAAAGGAAUCGUUAUCCCGUAUUCAAGCUUAUUUUCGCACGACACCUUGACCUUGGCCUGAUUGCGGUAGCGAUUUUUUUUUCCUUUGCAAAGCGAACAGCAAAAGUUGCUCUUACUCUCGUUUCGGUUGUGUCACUUUUAUCGUGAUGUGCCUUUUUCCUCCGCAUUAUAAUCGAAUUCUUUUCGGUCUGUAGGAUAGAAGAUAGGUAGUUAUUAGCCACGUUUAUGAUUGAUUGGAUUAACGCUUGCUGCUCGCUCACCCGUCGGGCGAUUUCGUUUUCUCAUUUGUCGUUUUUUUUCUCUAUUUUUCUUUUGGCGUUCGCUUGAUAUGAAGUGAUAGGCUUCUAAAAAUUAAUAAAUAAUUUAAGAUGUGACUUUUAAAAAAUAAAUAAAUAAAUAAAUUAAAAGCGAAUAUAUUUACAUAAGAUGCAUCAAUUAGCAGGUGAGAGCACUACAAUUCGAUUAUUGGAUAAGUUGGCCAUAUUCGUACAAAAAAAAUCAUACUCCCUUACGGCUACUUGAAGUGAAUAAUGUAAGAGGCCAACGUCUACAGGAAAUAUACUUUCCGUUUAUUAUGGUCCUCUACACCAUUCAUCGGCCAUCUAAUUAAAGCCAUUCCAGACAGCGCUGACAAUGUCAGAUAAGCCCGUAUAUACAGGCCGACUGUAAACAAGCUGUAUAAAAAAAAUCGAUUGGCUACGACCUUUUUAAAAAAUGCGUAAGAAACAAUCCUCUUUAAUCCAUUUUAAGCCUAUAAUUAGAAUAUAAUUGUUCUAAAAUGCAAUAUAUAGCCUAAUCAAAUAUAAAGCUGGACGGGUGUCGAUAAGUAUUCGAUUUACGUGUCCAGGGUAAGUUCCAUUCUUUCUUUCAAUUUCAUAUAGUGAUUACAACUGACCAUCGAUUCAAUAAAAGAACAUUCUC